AUGGCGGGACAACUGACUGAGGGAUGCGUCUCGCGCAUGCUCGAUGACUCGGAAAAGAAUGUCGACUUUCAGCCAAUUUGCCAGGUGCUCACAGUCAAGAUGAUCAAGGCCACCAAGGAAGGGGCCAGCGACCGGUACCGCCUCAUCCUCAGCGAUGGCGAACACUAUGCCCAGUCCAUGCUGGCCACUCAGCUCAAGGGGCUCGUCGAAAAUGACGGCCUGGCAAGGAAUUGCCUCAUCAAGAUCAAGUCGUACGCCCCCAACACGAUCCAGGAUCGCAAGAUCAUCAUUCUCCUCGACGUUGAGGUGGUCGAUACCACUAUCGCCGAUCGCGUCGGCGACCCAAAGAGCUACGAGCAGCGCGCCGCUCCAGCUGUCAAGACGGAGGGCGGCGCAGGCACGAGCCCAGCUCCUCGCGCCAACGCAGGCGCGAUGCCUGCACGCAGGGCGCCCACCGCUGGCGUCCGAGCUGGCGGUGAUGGCAGCAUCAACAAAAACCCCGUCUACCCCAUCGAAGGCCUGUCUCCGUACCAGAACAAGUGGACGAUCAAGGCACGCGUCACGAGCAAGUCCGAGAUCAAGUACUGGAGCAACGCGCGCGGCGACGGGAAGCUCUUCAGCGUCAACCUCCUCGAUGAGACGGGCGAGAUCAAGGCCACGGGCUUCAACGAUGCCGUCGACAAGCUCUACCCCCUCUUCAUCGAGAACAGGGUCUACUACAUCAGCAAGGCCAAGGUCAACAUUGCCAAGAAGCAGUUCUCUACCGUGAACAACGAGUACGAAAUUACGUUUGAAAAGGACUCGGAGGUGUUCGAGUGCAAGGAUGACGACGUGGGCGACGUACCAGAGGUCAAGUACAACUUUGUGCCUCUCGAUCAGCUCGACUCCGUUGAGCCCAAACAGACCUGCGACGUGGUCGGAAUCGUCGACAGCGUGGGCGAGCUGGGUGAGAUUAUCUCAAAGGCGUCGCAGAAGCCCGUGCAAAAGAGGGAACUCGUCUUUGUCGACCAGACUGGCAUGUCUGUUCGUCUCACCCUUUGGGGAAAGACAGCCAUGACGUACGGCACGGACAAGGGACACGUUGGCGCAGGCAUGGACGAUCGGCCCGUCGUUGCGUUCAAGAACAUCAGCGUGGGCGACUUUGGCGGACGCAGUCUGAGCAUGACGUCGAGCUCCAGCAUGAUGGUCAACCCAGACCUGCCCGAAGCACACAGCUUGCGCGGCUGGUACGACGACGAAGGAGUGGCCCUCUCGAGCAAGCAGGCCUUCAAGUCGUACUCGAGUGCUAUGCUGGGCAACUCGACUGUUGGGGCAAACAGCUCCGACCCCAAGGAGCGCAAGACGAUCGGCGAGGUCAAGGACCUGGGCCUGGGCACCAAGCCAGAAGGAAAGGCCGACUACUUUAACAUGCGCGCCACACUCGUCUACAUCCGCAACGAGAACCUGUACUACACGGCGUGCCCCGGUGAGAAGGGGCCCGGCGAAAAGUGCCAGAAGAAGGUCGUGUGCGAGAGCGAGGGCAACUGGCGAUGCGAGAGGUGCAACCGCAGCUACGAGGCGCCGGACUACCGGUACAUGCUCUCUGCCAACGUUCAGGACUACACUGGCCAGCUGUGGAUCAACAGCUUCAACGACGUGGGCGAGCAAAUCGUCGGCAUGAAGGCCGAGCAGCUCGAGCAGCUGCGCAACGAGGACGACGGCGAGGCAAAGUACAACCAGGUCCUCACCAAGGCGGCAAACAAGAUGUACAUGUUCAACUGCCGCGCCAAGAUGGACACCUUCCAGGACCAGGAGAGGGUGAGGUACAGUGUCACGAGGAUCUCAGAGGUCGACUUUGCCAAGGCUGGAAACGAGCUCGUGGAAGCCAUGAAAAAGUUUCUCUGA